GUUUGCUCAAGGCUGGGGCUGCCCAGCGGUGCAUGAAUGAGAGCCUCUCUUCAUGACUGCCUGCAGUUCUGCGGCAGGCCCCCUCCUUCUCCCACCUCCUUGCAAAACCUGCUCUCUCCUUCUCUUUGAGCUCGGCCCCUCUUGCCUGCCUGUGCUCCUGAGCUCUGCCCCUCCAGCUGGAGACUCAGGUUUAUCUGGAGGCCAGGAGUCUCAUUUGUAAGCUGAGAUCCAGGAGGAGAAGGAGGGAUCUGCUGGACCCUGGAGGAGCAAAAGGGUUCAGCUGCCUGGGAGAACUGAGGAGAGGCACAGCCUGGGCACCAUGGCAGGAUUCUCUGCUCUUGGGCUUUUCUUCCUUUGUCAGCUGUUAGCCACAUCGUCUGCUCAGAGAAUAGGACCACAAGGCCCUCCCGGACCCCGAGGACCGCCUGGACCAUCUGGCAAGGACGGCAUAGAUGGAGAGCCGGGCCCUCCUGGUUUGCCUGGUCCACCAGGGCCAAAAGGUGCACCAGGGAAGCCUGGAGCAGCUGGCGAAGCUGGAUUACCUGGUCUUCCUGGAGUGGAUGGUUUAACAGGAGCUGAUGGCCCACCUGGCCCAACUGGGCCUCCAGGAGAUCGUGGUGCAUUAGGACCUGCUGGACCACCUGGACCAGCUGGCAAAGGACUACCAGGACCUCCAGGGCCUCCAGGACCCAGUGGACUCCCAGGCGGAAAUGGAUUUCGGGGUCCUCCUGGGCCUUUUGGUCUGCCAGGUUUCCCAGGGCCUCCUGGACCUCCCGGACCUCCCGGUCUUCCAGGCAUCCUUCCUGAUGGUGGUGGGGAUCUUCAGUGCCCAGCUUUGUGCCCACCAGGUCCUCCAGGUCCCCCAGGAAUGCCAGGGUUCAAGGGGCACACCGGCCACAAAGGAGAACCUGGUGAAAUAGGAAAAGAAGGAGAGAAGGGUAGUCCUGGCCCUCCAGGUCCUCCAGGCGUUCCUGGCAGUGUUGGCCUGCAGGGUCCAAGAGGACUAAGAGGACUGCCUGGUCCAAUGGGUCCAGCCGGUGACAGAGGUGACAUUGGUUUCAGAGGGCCACCUGGAAUCCCAGGACCUCCAGGGAAAGUCGGAGACCAAGGAAACAAAGGACCUCAAGGAUUCAGAGGGCCCAAAGGCGAUACUGGUAGACCUGGACCAAAAGGAAACCCGGGGGCUCGUGGACUCAUAGGAGAACCUGGCAUACCUGGCAAGGAUGGACGAGAUGGAGCUCCUGGACUCGAUGGUGAGAAGGGCGAUGCAGCUCGCAUGGGUUCUCCUGGAGAGAAGGGGCCAAACGGACUUCCUGGAUUGCCUGGAAGAGCAGGUAUUAAAGGCUCAAAGGGUGAACCAGGCAGUUCUGGAGAGAUGGGAGAGGCAGGUCCCUCCGGAGAGCCAGGCAUCCCUGGCGAUGCCGGUAUUCCUGGUGAGAGAGGCCUGCCGGGACCCAGAGGAGCAACUGGCCCACUUGGUCUUCAAGGUCCAAUGGGUGCCCCAGGUGUAAGAGGCUUCCAGGGCCCCAAAGGUGCCAGUGGGGAACCUGGCCUUCCUGGUCCAACUGGAAUUCGUGGAGAGUUUGGUGACAGGGGUCCUACCGGUGUUACUGGUCCCAAAGGUAACCAGGGCAUUGCUGGAGCAGAUGGCCUCCCAGGUGACAAAGGAGAACUGGGUCCCUUUGGUCCUCCUGGCCAAAAAGGAGAGCCAGGAAAAAGAGGAGAGCUUGGUCCUAAAGGUGCCCAAGGACCUAAUGGGACUGCUGGUGUACCGGGGAUUCCUGGACAUCCAGGGCCUAUGGGCUUCCAGGGAGAGCAAGGCGUCCCCGGCAUCACAGGAAAACCUGGCCCUCCUGGCAAAGAAGCCAGUGAACAACACAUAAGAGAACUCUGUGGGGAAAUGAUAAACGAUCAAAUUGCACAGUUAGCUGCUAAUCUGAGAAAGCCGUUGUCUCCCGGAAUGACCGGUCGUCCUGGCCCAGCUGGUCCCCCAGGGCCUCCUGGAACAAGGGGAAGCGUUGGGCAUCCUGGUGCUCGUGGUCCCCCUGGAUACCGGGGGCCAACAGGAGAACUAGGCGAUCCGGGUCCCAGAGGUGAUACUGGUGAAAAGGGAGAUAAAGGACCAGUUGGUCAAGGUAUUGACGGGCCUGAUGGAGAUCAAGGACUUCAAGGACCACCUGGUGUACCUGGAAUAAGUAAAAAUGGUCGGGAUGGUGCUCAGGGUGAACCCGGUCUUCCAGGGGAUCCUGGUACUCCUGGUACUAUUGGCGCUCAGGGAACUCCAGGAAUAUGUGACACAUCAGCUUGCAUGGGAGCUGUUGGAGCAUCAACUUUGAAAAAAUCAUAAAACAACAUUACAAGAAGUGGAGAAGUGACUGAAUAUUUAAGCAAACAGCGCAUUGUAAGAAAGAGAGAAUCCUCCUAAUGAUAAAUGGACAGAUGUUCCUUCUCUUAAAAUGAGUUAAGUGGAGACUGACAUAGUAAUUCAGUUCUAUGGAAAAAAAAAAAAAGCAUCAGACAAAAACUUUUAAUAAAAGAUGCUUUGUGAGCAUUUUCUCCUCCCCAUAAUUAUUUUCCAGAAUCUUUACUGCUAAACAAUCUCACCUUCCCUUUCUCCCUUUGCUGAAGAGACCAGCAAGAGGAAGCAUUGUUCCUUUUUACCAUCAUCUCCCUAACUGUACUGAAGAUCAUGGCUAGUCUGUACAAGCGUUUGAGCCAACUGAAUUCCUUGGUACUGUUCCCACUGACUUCAGUUACAGAGGUUCAUGCACUGAAGUCCAAAUUGUUAAGUUAUUUAGGCUCCCAACUGUUAUUUAAUGGAAAUUAGGCAUUUAAGUAUCCAGUAUUUUUAAGACUAUGGUCUAACUGAAGAUCAUAGCCCAGGUAUAUUUCCUGUCUACUCUCAGUCUUCUGAUUCCACCUCAAAUAUCUGCAAGGACUAGUAAAUAGUAAACCUCUUGCAAUCAGAUUCUGCAAAAGAUGUAAUGUACUUAUUUUAAGUUGCAGGGGAGAAUUUUUGCAUAUUUCCAUAUAAUAAUAAAGGAAAUUAAGUAACAGCAGUCUCAUGACCUCUAGUUAAACUAUUUGCACAGUAAUUGUGAAUGGAACCCCAAAGAGAAGGGAUGCUCUUUUAAAGACCAGCCAAAAAAAAACCUGUAUGAACUGUUGUAAAAAUAAAAGGAGAUUUUUUUAACCUUU